CGUUGACAGCAUCUCAUGCCGUGACAUGCAACCCCCCGACGCUUCGCUUCCACCAACUAUUAGUGUCUGGUGUCUUGAGAACACGCCACUGAAGGUCAUUGCACGAUGGGGAAGAAAGCGUUAAAGCUCGAGAGUUCUACGGACGGACUGGGGACUAGAAAGAAGAAAUCACGACCGCGAAAGUCACUCAUGAGACAACAUCGACGAGACAGUCUUCGAGCCGAGCAACCGCAGAGUCCUGAGGCCGAAUCUCUGCUGAAAUCCACAGAAGAGACACAGCCACAUCCUAGCAGUCAAAGCGGAAAGUCGAGUCAACCUCCGCCUCAGCGAGCUGAAGAAGACGAAAGCAACGGCAAGAAUCAAGCUGAAACGCAACAAAACGAGCCGAGCCCACAGUCGACAGCUCGUCGCUCCACUUUCCUGUCAUGGCGCAGUCGGAACUCCACCACGACAAUUGUCGAAGAUGCGCCGCCAGCGUCGUGUCCUUUGACGUGUCAGCCCUCGAGCUGCUUCAUUGGCUCACUCAAUGGAACCAUCAGCGAGAUGCAUCUCCCACUGCUCACUAAACUCACAAAAGCUCGUAUGGAUGCACUUAAAGCCUCUCCAAAGCAACGUCACCUUGAAGUGACAAUUGAGCACUCGGACGAGUUACCGUUUGGAGCGUACUCCCACCCACAAGUGCGUGUUCAUAUCGUCGAUAGAUGCACUGGGAGAGCGUUGUGUCCGCCACAGAUGACAAGCGAAGCCAAGUUCUGGAUGGACAAUAACGCGAGCUGCAAGGUUAAAGCUCCGUCGAAAGGAGUUCGCUUCCGGAGAGGGAAACGCUUUGAAUCUGUGAGUACACACGACGAAGAUGACGAGUACCCGAAAGCUUUCAAUCCGACUUCUAGACUGGACUAUCGACGCAUUGCAUGGGGCUUUUUCCACACUAUUACCAAUAAGGGAACUCCAACGAUGAACUCGUUCGUGCUUCCAGAUAUACCAGACGCUAACGAGAAGAAGAAAAGGCAGUCGAUCGUCGACGUUUGUGGGUUGCGAGUGCGAUUAUUUGAGUACCAAGUCAUGACCUGGAUGGACAAAUAUCAAGCCAAGUUGCAGUGGGGAUGGAGAAAGAACCACCCAACUGUGCCAGUUGUGUUUCUCCAGUACCAGAAGCGCUCCCGUGUCUCUGCACCGAGCACGCUACAUGUGCAGCUACGAGCCACAGGCCCGCCAGCAGGGGCUUUAGAAACGACGAACGGGAGAAUAGUCAAAAAUACGGAUAAGGAGCUGAGUACAGCUGCAGAAAUUGAAGCUGGAGACAACCAAGAACCGCCAACUGCGGUCUCUGCACCAGAUACUGGCAGUCAAGUGGCUGCUCCUGAAGCCAUUUCAAGCGAUUCGUUCGAUUUAAUGGCGCCAUACGGCAGUGUUCGUCUAUGGAAUCUUCCAUGCAAGAAUGAAGUGAAGUGUCCCGAGUCUCACCGCACUCUUUUACUCUCGUUGGUGUAUCAGUGGCACCACUUUCCGAGCUUCGUAUACAGCGCUAUAUUUCUUCCUGGAAGUACUGGAGAGAUCGUACUUACAGGUGCUUCCGAUGGCUGUAUGCGCUUCCGGAAAGAGUCUUCCGUAAUGAAUGGACAACCUGAAUACGGAAUGCUCCAGGUGAGCUCUGCUGCUGUACAGGCUAUUUGUGUGGAGGCCAAGUCCGGACGAGUCUUUUGUGGAGAUGCUAAAGGUGAAAUUUCAGUAUGGAGACGCACAGCAAACGCUUCGACCCUGGACGGCUAUGAACGCAUCAAGACGAUCCAAACUGGCCAGACGAGUAUCACUUCGCUUGAGCUGCACCCUCGAAAGGCUCACCUGCUGGCUCAAACACAACCAAACGCCAUUUUUCAGUACGAGUUGCGGUCUUAUCUUCUGCUGAACAAAAGUUAUGCCGGUGUGGCGUGCGAAUCUUUGCUGGUGAAAAGCACAUUUAGUCCGGACGGCAAAUUGGUCAUUAGUGGGUCGGAAGAUGGCGUUCCUCGGUUGUUUACCAGUUUGCAUGGACAGCAACUACAACGUGGUGUCUGGGGUACUCAUUUCUUCCACGAGUACCCUGUGUUGGAUGUGAGUUGGUCACCUACGGCGCAUAUGGCAGCACUCUGUUCUUAUGGAGGGGACAAUCCGAUUGUGGUGCUUUGUUCGUACCGAGGCGUAGAAGAUGCUGUGUACAUUGAUGAAUCUGCUUCACAAGCCACGCCGAAUACGACGACGAACCUUCAUCUGGCUGUAAAUGUCUUCCGAGGAGCGAACCAACUGGAAAGAUUCAGUGGUGACCAUGCCCAACGUCUCCAGCGAGCGCUGGAACGGCGUCAAAAGCGUCUACAAGCAAAGUUGUCUCUGGAAGCCGAGGCUAGUACGGGCCAAAAUAGCAACAACCUGACGUCGUCUGUUGCAGUGUAA